AUGGGCAGGGCCGUCGCGGCGAGGACGACCAAGACAUCCAUUCUGACAACCUCCGAGAGCCUACAAGCGCCUCCGCGCGGAGACGUAAGCUACAACACUCUCCGCGUGCCUCCCGAGCCUGGCUUCCCGAUCGUACCCGUCCUCGUGCUCGCACUUGCCUAUGCACUUGGCGCUGGCGGGUGGCACUGGUCGUAUUUGCUCCUGCUGUUCUGGGCGUUGGCGCACGCCGAGCGCCUGCGCCUGGCGCGCACGUGGGAGCGGCUGCGCCGCGUCGCCACCGACCAGGCGGCCGCCCCCAUCGGGAGUGGCACCGAGUCGGUGGAAUGGCUGAACCACCUCCUGCGGGCCAUCUGGCCGGUGUACGAGCGGGGCCUGGCCGGGUGGGUGCUCUCCAAGCUGGUGAAGAACCUGGGCGACUCUGGGAAGGUGACGGGCGUGGGCGGCCUCUCGCUGGGCGAGGUGAAGCUCAAGGAUCUGCGGCUCGGCCUGCCGUUUGAGCACGACACGCUCGCGCCGCUGGAGCUGCAGAAGAUGCACACCGUCGAGAGGACCGAGGAGCGCGCUGCCGACGGCAAGCCGGCGGGAGUGCGGCUCGUGAUGCAGGUCGACGUGCGCUUCUCGACGGCGCACGCGUCGACGCACCCGGCCCACGCGGCUGCGCUGAGCAUGGAGAUGAGCGGGCCGAUUCCCGGCAUCGGACUCGAGGUCGGGAUCCGCAACAUCACGCUCGAGGGCACGCUGCGCCUCGAGCUGGCGUGGGUGCGCCCGUACCCGUGGCUGGGCACGCUCUCGGUCUCGUUUGCCGCCGAGCCGUCGCUACAGCGCGCCAACCUGACCGACCUCUCCUCGCAGCUCAAGCUCUGGCUGACGGACAAGUUCAAGGAGGCCGUGCGAGAGUCGCUCGUCGUGCCAAACAAGUUCUCCAUACCGCUCUACGCGUGGUACGGCGAGCGGCCCGCCGCCGCCUUCGCCGCCGCCUUCGCCGCCGCAAUCGCCCGCCACGCUUCCGAGGACGAGGCGCUCGACGCGGCCUACGCCAAGGCCGAGCACUUCGCCGCCGAGCCCGCGCAUCUCAGCGGGCAGCUCCAGCGCAGCGCCGCCGCCGCGGAGAAGGCGUCGAAGGAGAGCGCCGACAAGGUGCCGCCCGCCGCCGCGCCGCUGAUGAUGGAUGCGACCGAGUUCUUCGGAGACGACGCGGAGGGAGGGGCCGACAGCGCGGCGGAGGCUCUCUUCGACGAGGGGAGAGACGUCAUUCGACCGGUCACCUCGGCGCCGCACUCGCUCGCCGCUCUCGGCGCCGCAGCCGCGAGCCGCAGAGGCGCAGGCCGCCUCACCCCGCUGCCGCCUCCGGCCACGAGCUUCCGCGCGAUGUCGUCGCCGAACCACUCUCUCGGCGGCGGCGGCGCAGAUGCGGGGCCGCCCACGGACCUCCGCGCGGGCUCACACCUCUCGGGCACCCGCUUGCCGCGCGGGCGCGCCGAGCCGCCGACGCCGACGCCGGUCGGUUUGCUGCAGCGCCUCUUGGGCAGCUCCGCCGCCGAGAGGCGCUCAGCCGAGGCGACGCUGGGCGCCGGCAUCGCGGUACUGCAGUUGAGAGUCGUGUCCGCCGUUGGCGCUGUCACCGAGCGCGAGGCCCUGAUGUCGCCGGCCAUCGCGCCGCAGUUCGUUGUCGAGGCGUCCGUCUCCGCGCGCGCCGGAAGCGGCAGCGAGCAGAGAGGCGGAUCGCCCUGUCCGUGA